AUUAAAGUGUGAACAAACUAAGUAAGAGCCCUGCAUUCAAGUAAAAGUACACAAAUAGUAUCAUUACUCUUAAUGCAGAAUGGCCCAUUUCAGAAUUGUGUACAUUGCUUUAAAGUUGCAGCUGGUAAAGGUGAGGGUGACUUUAAUAACCUCAUAUACUCCUGAGUAGCUUAACCUAUAAUGAUAUAAUUAUUUGUUGGUUUAUAUUUUGAAUUUAUAAUCUGUAUCUGCAAAGUAACUAAUGUACAAUAACUGCAGUUAAAAAGUACAAUAUUUGCCUGUAAAAUGUAGUCGAGUAGAGGUACAAAAUGAAAACACGUCUCAAAAUUGUAUUUGUUACAGCACUAGUACAUUUAGUACACAUCUAGUAUUUUCUUCUUUUGUGCACGUGUUGAUAUUUUAUAAGUCUCCCCCCCCAUUCUGAACGUCGCUAGGAGACGUCCCCAAACAAAAAGGUUUCCAUGGUAAACAAUAACAGCCCGUUGAAUGUCCGCAGCUGCUCCGACGUUUUAAGUGUUACAGCCAUGGCGUUACCGUUUCUACCCGGGAAUUCUCCCAACAAACAGCUGGGGAAGCAGAGAUUCCACAAAUCCCAACAGUUUGAGUAUUCCAAUGGAUUACCUAUGCUGGUGGGAUUUGAGAAGCCAGGCAUUGGAGGAGAGCUGUUGGUUGGCCAGAGGAUUAAACCAAAGUAUUCUGUCUACCCCAAAGGACAGGGCAGGGAUAUACCAUCAUGGGUAGCCUUCGACAAACAGGUUCUGUGUUUUGAAGCAUUCUUCCAGGAAGCUGUGCCUGAGGCACAACAUGAGACGUACAGGAUCAGGAAGUGUAAGAUCUACUUCCACCUGGAAGAUGAUACCGUUCAGGUGGUGGAGCCAGAGUACAAGAACAGUGGCAUCCCUCAAGGAAUACUUAUUCGUCGCCAACGUGUCCCGCUGCCUCCCCCAAAUGAUGACCAGUUCUACCACAUUUACCAUUUCAACAUCAACCAACAGAUGGUGCUGUACUCACGCACAUUCACCGUGACCAACUGUGACUCUUUUACGAGGAACUUUCUCACAAAACUUGGGGUGCGCCUAAAUAACCCCGCCACUCUACCUGAUGACCCCUACAGCAAACACCGGGAAGAGAUUGAGAAAAAUAUGAAGCCACUUCGGCCGUACGAGAGGCGUGACACACUGAAGCAGUUCCUGGAGCACGACCACAAAGUCCUGCGCUUCAACUGCUUGUGGGACGAAACAGAGAAUAUGCUCGGGGACCCGCGGGAGCUCAUUCUGCACUACUACCUGGGUGAUGACACCGUAGAGAUCCUGGAGAUCAUUCCCUCAAACUCUGGGAGGGAUACUGUGCCCAAGUUCCUACGCCGCGGCAAACUACCCAAGCAUUCGGUCCAAAUGAGGCAGCCUGGACAGAUCACGGACCGCACAGUGCUCAAUGUGAUCGCCCCCACGAGUCAGGAGCAACGCUACAUACUGGACAACCUCAAAAUUGGAGCUGUCCAUGAUGAGUUUUAUAAGGACUGUGAUCUGACUUUGGGUGGAGAAGUGAAUGUAUGGGGCAGGAGAGUGAUCCUCACUGACUGUGACAACUUCACCAAAGACUACUACCGCUCCAAAUACGGCAUAGAGGACUUCACCCCAGUGGUGUACAAAGUUCCCCCAGCCCCUAAGCCCCCAAGGCAUUUGCCCCCCUACAACGGCUUUGGCUCGGAGGAGGACUCGCUAAGCUUCUGCCAGAGCCUGCUGCCCAAGCCCCCACAGAAAGAUUUCCACAAGUUUAUGGAGAGUUGCAGUGUGCUGAAUUUCUGUGCCAAGAUGGUCACCACCGAUCCCUUUGACAGAGACAGGAUGUUCACCAUCUCCUUCUUUCUCUGCGAUGACUCCAUCUGUAUGUUUGAAACACCACAGAAGAACUCAGGUAUGCUUACUGGUAAGUUCCUGCAGCGUGGUCGUGUAAAAAAGCCCGGCCAGGAGCUGUUUAAGAGCGAGAUGUCUGAGUACUUUAAAGCUCAGGAUCUGUACGUCGGCGCUACUCUCAGCUUCAGCGGUAUGCACUUCCAGGUUCUGGAUGCGGAUGAAUACACCCUCAACUACAUGGAGCGACAUGCUGAGGAGUUCCCCAAAGCCAACAUGGGAAACGUCCUCAGCAAACUACGAUCCCUUCCGGAGGAGAAACAGAGUGAGAUCAGGAAGUUUCUGACUCUCAGUGACCCUAGCAACACUGGCUUCAUUUCCUACGAGUCGUUCAGGGGCCUGCUAACAGGCCUGGACUGCGGACUGUCGGAGCACGAGGUGCUGGUGCUGGGCCGAAGUUUCUCAGAGCGCGAGCAGCCUGAGGCCGACGUGGGCCUGAUGCUGGCUGUGGCCCAGGACUUCCUCAAGAAGAAGCCCUUUGAAGAGUUCCCUGACUUGGACAAAGCCUUCACAAGCCGCGACCUACAAAAGACCGGUCGUCUCUCCACCAAGGAGACGAGGACCAUCUGUAAGGGCUUCCACCUUCCCCUUUCUGAGAAGCUGCUCGGAGGUCUGCUCAGCAAGUUUGCAGAUGGGGACGAGAUUGACUACCAUGCCUUCCUGGCUGGCAUUAACUGGAUAGAGCACCUUGCUCCCACAGUAAUGCCCGAAGACACGUUAAAGUUUGACGUGAACGCCAGGCCUGGCGCCGCUUGGGCUACAGUGAAAAACGUCGACUAUUCUUCCCUUCUGAGGGAUGUAUUCAGCUUUCCCUCCAACAGCAGCGACCCAACGGCCACCACCACAACAUAGGCACAAGGUGGGAGGUGAAGCGAUUCUGCCUCUCGAACACACACACACUGCUUGUUCUGCAAUUAAAGCACACGGUCUGUCGGCUAAACCAGCGUCUGUGUUUUCACUGUGUGCCGUGAUGGAGAUGUGUAAGAGACUACAGGGGGGGCGGGUUGCAAGUGCAUGUUUUGUCUUCUUGUAUAUGAAUAAUUUGGCGGUAAUGGUCUCAACACCAAACUGGAAACUUGAUGCUUUAGGGGGGGAAAGUCCUGAGAACACUUUCUGAGACGUUUUGUGAUGUGCUUGUGUGUUUACACAAGUUAGCGUGAAUCCCUCUGAGACAUGGCAGAAGACACGUGGCGUUAAAGCAGAACCAUAUUUCAGCUCUGGGCAGCGUGCGCUCACUCACAUUAUGAUGACAGGGUAUUCCACUGCAUCCUCCAACACUGUGCUGAGUAGAUACGGAGGGAUGGGGGGGAAAUGUCCUUGAAAUUAAUGAUUAGUGCUUUAUGUUGACUUAAGUUGGCUACAUCUACCAACAAGACAGAAGCCCAUAGGUGUGGAAACCACAUAUAGAUGUGUUUCCAGGCCACAACGACCUCAUAUGUUUAUCAUCAGGGCUAAAUCUCACAUGUUACGGUUGAAAAAAUAAAUAAAGUUAAUUUAUGUCCUCUUGGUUAUCACUCUUCUGCACCUGUUUGAGAUGUGCUGAGGCUUAUUGUCAGUUAUUAUUAGUGGUUUAUUGUUGAUGAUGUGAUUCAUUCUCUUAUAUUAAUUGGAUAAAAACAAACAGUGAGGUCUAAUUUAUGAGGAACUGCGCCCCCAUUAUGUGUUUGACUGUCUGUGUGUGGCAGUGUUAGUGUUAUAAAAAGGCACAGGUUGGUCAGGUUGAGGCGCCACUGUAACCAGAGCCUGCGUUGUAAGGGGAUGAGUCAAACAUUAGGUAAUCAACCACCCAAUCCUCUCUAUGUAACCAGCACACACACAUCGCACACACGCACCC